UUUUGCUGGUUCCCGCGGCGGCCGGUGACCUGCGCUGGCUUCCAAGUGGUUUGGACCUAUUAAAAGUUCCCGUAGCCUAAUGCCAUGAAUGUUGAAGCGGACAAUGUGGAAGAAAAAGCUGUCCAUUCCUGGUCAAGGAUCUCCUCUGCAGGACAGAAAGCACUGGAAGAAGCUCUCCGAGUAUUCAACCCCAUGUCCAAGGACCUUUCUGACACAGAGACCCAGCUGGUAGCUUUCCUUCAGGGUCUCAAGGAGGAAGGCUACCAGCCCACGAUCCUGAGGAGCAAAGACGUAUAUGGAUACAGUUCAUGCACCGCCAGAACACCCAGCCAGAUGAAAGGCUGCCCCCAAGACUCUUCAAACAUAGCCGCCUCUCUUUUGGACUCUGUUAAGGCUCCAGCCCAAAGUGCAGUAGCAAAACUAUCCGCCCCCCUAGCAGGCAUUACAGUAAGUUCUCCUAAAAAGCCUGCCACGCCAUUGUCCAAGAACAACAGUUCCACAAACCUCCUGUUGAACUCGUUGAAACGGACACGUUCACACACAUCGGAAGCCUCUGCAAUGGGCUUCCCUGCUAACAUGUACCCUGGUGUCUAUCCAGCCAUGCAGCUCUCUGUGGUGCUGGAAGCCUUGGUCCCGCUGAAAGCCACUGCGUCCUGCCUAGAGUCCAAAUGCAAACAAGGGCAUCUUGGGGUCUCUCCCUCAGACCUUAAACUCCUCAAGGCAGCUAAUGCGUGCAGGCAACCUCUGGCAGUCAAGGCGACAAAAAUGUCAUCGGGUCAGCUGGACCCCAUAGGGUACAGGCACAUAAUAAAGAAAGUGCCCGACUCUGCUGCCCUGACUUUCACCCUUUUGAAAGGACCAAAGGGUGGGGUGCUGCGGGAAAGCAACGCUUGCAAAGCCUCUGGAAUCCUGAACGGCAGGAUUUCCGGAAGCCCCUCCCAGAGCUGCGGUGCAGGGGCCUCCAGAACUAAAGAGCCACCAGUGGGCAAAACAGAACGGAGAGCAGGCGGCAGUCAGCCAGAGACUGCUGGGCAGAAAAGGAAAAAAGCAGAGGACAAGAGAGAGUUGCCAUGCAGAAAGAAACCCAGUUCCAUUCCCUCCUCCAGUAAACCAGAACGGGCUCCAGAAACAAUGAACCUGCUGAAAUUCCAGGCCAUCAAGGUGGACAGCUCUUCAGAUGAUGAACUGAGGAGGAGAGCACAGAAGAUCCUGAGGGUUAAUCUGUCCCCGGUGAUCAAAAUCCACCCUUUGCCUUGCUCUCACAGUGUCCCUUGA